AGAAAACUUGAUUUUUUUUUUCGCCCCAAGAUGUCGUCUGUUCCCGGCAUGAUCGGUUCUAUCGAUCAUUACCAUCGAAGCAAGUCUUUUGCCAAUUAUGUUGAGCGAUUUGAAGUAAUGUGCAAACUCAACAAGGUGGCUUCCGAUGCAGAUAAGUUGUCGUGGUUUAUCUCUGUGAGUGGCGAGGACGUUUUUGAUGAAAUUAAAUUGAUUUUUCCUAAGCAAGAAGUUGAAAAACUUGAAUUUAAGGAAGUUGUUAAGCAGCUGAAAGGCAGGUUUGAUAAAGCUGUGUCAGCCAUGAUGUAUCGAUUUGAUUUUUACAACCGUUUUCAACUUCUUAAUGAAAGUUCUGAGAAUUUUGUACUCUCAGUAAAACUUCUCGCUGAAGAUUGCAACUUCAAUGCAUUUAAAGAUGAGGCUCUUCGCGACAAACUUGUUAUGGGCAUUAAAGACAAACGUUUGCAACAUAAACUGCUAGAAGAUGAAGAUUUAAGUUUGGCGCAGGUUGAGAAGAUGGUAAUCAACACGGAGAGGGCUGAAAAACGGGCUCAACAAAUGGGUGAAAAUCGUGUGGAAAAUGUUGGUGCUACUGCUAGCGUUCUGGCUGUUCAUCAGCGAUUGGGACCAAAAGUUAAUUCUUGUUUGGGGAGAUAUCGUUCACGCAGCAGGAGUCGUGAUCGUGGUCAUGAGCGCAGAGGACGUGACAUGGAUCGCAGAGGCCGAGAAGUGAGUCGUGAGAGGCGAGAUUACGAUCGCAGAUCUCACAAUCGUAAUCACAGCUACGAUCGCAGCCACAGCCGUGAACAAAAUUACUACAACAAUGCAAUUUGUAAUUAUUGCAAAAGAAAGGGACACAUUAAGCGUUUUUGUGAUUUGCUUGCGGGUAAACAAGUUAAAAGGGUGAAUUUUGUUGAAGAGGAUACUCCUGAAACUAAACCGGUUUUUGACAAAUUCAACAGAAUCAGAAUCAACAACUCUGAGGAUGAUGAAAGUGAGAUGCAGUGCAUGAAAAUUGGGGAUGAGAAGACCUUAAGUGAGCCGUGUUUAGUGGAUGUUCGAGUUCAUGACAAAUUUUUGGAAAUGGAAGUUGACACAGGGUCAGCAGUUGCUGUUAUUAGUCAACAUUUGUACGAGCAAUAUUUCAAUGAAAUUCCUCUUAAAUCUUGCAAUAAACGCUUGGUUGUGGUUAAUGGUUCGGGUUUGGAGGUGCUUGGACAGAUUUCUGUUGAAAUUGGGUUGAAUAAGCGAACCGAGACCGGAAAUUUGGUUGUUUUGAGGUGUUUGAAGAACUUUACACCACUUUUAGGCAGAGAUUGGCUUGACAUGUUCUAUCCUGGCUGGAAAACUCAGUUUUUACCGGCAAAUAUCAUUGGAAAUUUGGAUUACAAAUCAACUGACACAGUUUUAGGUAAUCUUAAACUGAAAUACAACAAAGUGUUCUCUAAAGACUUUACUGAACCAAUUACAGGGUACCAAGCUGAUCUGACCUUUAAAUCAGAACAACCAAUUUUCAAGAAGGCGUAUCAAGUUCCGUACAAGAUCAAAGACAAAUUCAAUGAGCAUUUAGACAUGUUGGAGCGACAGGGAGUGAUCACACCAAUCAAGGCGAGCGAGUGGGCUUCGCCAGUUAUUGCGAUUGUAAAAAAGGAUGGGGAUUUACGCAUGAUUCAAAUUGGCCGACACGUGGCUACGGCGCACAGACAUCAGCUGAAGGCGUUGCACGUUCCCAAACGUGGAUCCGUGAAGAUGUGUUUUGCGGCCAACAGUUACAAACGCAACUUCUCCUCAAUCGAUGACGAUGGAGGAUUACUCGGGCAUUCGAGGGAUUACGCGGUGUAUCGUAAGCAGAGAAAGGUUGACAACGAAUCCCGCAGUCCUGUUAGAACGAGGUCGAGGGCCAGAUUGGAGAAUCAGCAGGGACACAAUUAACAGAUUUACCUUUGCGUUCAGGUGCAAGUUCUAAGAAAUGCACAGUCGAACCAAUCAUCAUGAAAAAUACAUUUUUGCGCUGAAUUAAAGUGAAUUUGAAAUUAUAUUUCUUUCUGAUAUUGUUAACAGUGUAGUAUAUAAGCAGUGAAAUGAAAUUAAGUUUAUAUUCUCGAUAAAUAUGAAAUCAAAUACAAAUUAGAAUGAAUUUGCUUAAGAGGGAAGAUCUUGUAGUGUCCAGAUAAAAUUAUUAAUAAUUAUUAACCGUGUUCGGUAAAACCGAUUGAAUAUGAUCGGGAUGAACUCGCAACGAUCGAGUGAGAUCGGGAACGAUCGUGCGAGAUCGUGCAUGUAUAAAAAGGCAUUUUUAUUUAAUAAAAGAUUCUUUCGAAUCUAGCCGUCAGCGAGUACGGAGACAGUAUAAUUUGAUAUUUAACUUAAUCCUAAAUCCGAGUCUUAAAACUAUUCCCUAAUUCCUAUUUAAACUUA